AUGCUUAGCCGCACUAAAUUGCGUGAAAUAAUAAUGAAGCAUCAGAAAGUUUUUCAAAAAAAUCAUGUGAAGCCAGCGAAAAAGUCAGGUGAAAAAGAUAAAAGUGCCACCUUGAAAAUUCCCAAUGACAAAUUGGUGGUAGAAAAUUUAGAGGAUGUCGACAUUAAUGCAAUCAAAUUGAUGGGGCGACGUACACCAAUUGAAUAUUUCACUCUUCUGGAGAAAGAUUUCCAUUACAUUAAGCCAAGCAUACACACAGACUAUAGCAAAUUGGAUAUAUUUCAUCGUGCUAUUAGUCCAAUACUCAUUAUAGGUCAAUGUUUUUCGCUGAUGCCUGUUCGUGGUGUUGGCCAUUCGAAUCCGCGUCAAGUACGCUUUACAUUCCGAUCCAUACAAGUGAUGAUUACAUUGAUAUUUUUGUUCGCCAGUUCUACGUUUAAUUUUGCAAUGAUAAAACAUUUGGCAAAAAUUGGGGUAGACGCGAAAAAUUUAGGUAAGAUUGUUAAUGUUUAUUUAUUUUCGUUCCACCACAAUUUACUAAAUUAUUUUUCAUUUUUGUUCCAUAAAAAAAAAAACGAUUCGAUUACUUUCUUUCAUUCAGUCGGUUUCGUCUUCUUUACAUGUGCGCAAUCAUCAACGAUACUCUUCUUUACGCUGGCGCCCCGUUGGCCACGCCUUAUUCGCUUUUGGACUCGCACUGAAAUGAUAUUCGUACGAAAACCUUACGAAAUGCCCAAAACAAAUCUGUCGACUCGGGUGCGACGUGCUGCAUACGCAGUAAUUGCAUUCUCAGCAGUGGAGCAUAUAUUUUAUUUUAUGUCAGCUAUAUACUCUGAAUAUCGUAGAGCACUACUAUGUGGUGCCGCUCAGAAUAUCACUAUUCCUUUCACUUUCGAAGAAUUCGCUUACAGAAACUAUGACUACGUAUUUGAAUUGUUGCCGAAGUCAACGCUUAUUGGUUGCCUUAUUUUGAUAGUGAAUUUUGUCUGCACAUUUGUGUGGAAUUACAUGGAUCUUUUCAUAAUGAUGAUAGGCAAAGGCAUCGCAUAUCGAUUUGAGCAAAUGAAGAUGCGCAUACACACGCUGCUCGAUAAGGAGGUGCCUGAAUCGAUUUUUAUGGAAAUACGAGACCACUAUGUUAAAUUAAUUGAAUUACUCGAGUAUGUGGAUGAGGAUUUGUCUGGCAUAAUUUUGCUAUCCAGUGCGAAUAAUUUAUAUUUCGUUUGCUACCAGCUACUGAAUAUCUUCAAUAAAUUACGUUGGCCAAUUAAUUACGUUUACUUUUGGUUUUCGCUACUUUUCCUAAUCGGACGUACGACUUUUGUUUUUCUCACAGCAGCAUCCAUCAAUGACGAAGCAAAAGACGCUUUAAGUGUGCUGAGGCGUAUACCAGCGAAUACUUUGUGUGUCGAGGUGGAACGUCUAAUAUUUCAAAUGUCGACUACAACGGUGGCGUUAUCAGGCAAGAAAUUCUACUUUCUCACAAGGAGGUUGCUGUUCGGGAUGGCAGGCACUAUUGUCACCUAUGAGCUGGUUUUGCUGCAAUUCGAUGAACCCAACCGGACGAAAGGACUACCCGAUCUACAAAAAAGGCACAUGCACUGCCCUUUGAAGCCUUGUGAGGUCAGAUGGUUGCCCUUAAAAUCAGAUGGUUGCCUAAAACAACAAUAUUAUGAAAUUAUAGACAAGAGCAAGAAGCAUAUGGGGGAAGAAUUCUGGCGGGAUGUGCGUUACGAUUUUAUGGCUCUAGUCGAUGUGCUGAAUCUCUACGAUGAUGGAUUGUCAACACUGAUACUUGUGUCAUGCUGCAAUAAUCUAUACUUUAUAUGUGUGCAAAUAUUUCACAGUUUCAACACUCGAGAAAACUUUAUGAAAGAAAUUUACUUUUGGUUCUCAUUACUAUUCGUAUUGGUGCGCAUUUCAACAAUGAUGUUGUCGGCUGGCGCCGUACAUAGCGAAGCUAAUCAAAUAAUGUCGACCAUGUAUGAGAUACCAACGAAAUUCUGGAACCUUGAACUCAAACGUUUAAAUGAAAUCAUCAUACACGAUUUGAUUGCCUUUAGUGGUAAAAGUUUUUUCUUUUUGACGCGUCGCCUCAUAUUUGCGCUAGCAGAUGCGGUUUCACGGCCUGGCUCUAGUAAGAAAUUGCGACAAGCGGUCAUUAAAAUUUAUAUCGGAGGUAUCGCUGAGAUGGAAACUUCGGGAAAUUCAUCCCAGGCCAUUAACGAUGGAGAGGACGAAAGUCCUACUACCAAAUAUCAAAAUCACUCCAAGGCUCCUAGUGGAGCAGCACAGACUACACCUAGGCAACUCUGGCCACCGUCUUGGAUUGCUAUGAAAAUUGCUGCAAAUAUAACUAAAAAUUGGUUGCAACGUCAGGAGUUGCGCUUGCAACAUAUUAAAUUGUGGCAGCGAAGCCGUAAAGUGGGCAGCGAAAUAGUUGAGUUGAAGCAGCCAAGUGGUACGCCGAAUAUGUUAAAACAACGCAAACGACACCUACGCAUGUUGCAAGCACGGAAUAUUUUUCGUCGCGGCACAAAAAAAGAUUACGAACACUCAGGAAGUUUUUUGGAGGCCAUUGGACCCGUUUUGCUAUUGGCACAGCUAUUUGCCUUGAUGCCCGUUUGUGGUGUGCUCUCAAAGUCUGCAUCAGAAAUGUAUUUUUCUUGGAAAUGUGUGCGCACCUGGUACGCUUUGCUGGUAAUCGCCUGCCUGGGACCCGCCAGUUUGGUCACGAUUUCCGUUGCAUUCCGUGAAUCGUUUAGUUUCGACACAGUUGAGGCGGUCGUUUUCUAUGUAUCGAUAUUUGUUAUUUCUAUAGCAUUUUUUCAAUUGGCACGCAAAUGGCCAGCGCUGAUGCUGCAAUGGGAGCGUACCGAGUCCCAGUUGCCGCCCUUAAAAACGGAAAUGCAGAAAGCAGCUUUGGCGUAUCGUAUAAAAAUGAUCACGCUGGUGGCCACUAUGUGCUCUGUGGUGGAGCAUUUGCUGAGCAUGUUGGGUAUUAUCUAUUAUGUAAACGCGUGUCCAGCCAUGCCGGGACAUCCCAUUCAGAGUUUCCUCUACUCAAAUUGGUCGCAGUUUUUUGUUUACUUCGACUACACCAACCUGGCGGGCAUCUUUGGCAAAGUCUUGAAUGUGAUAUCGACAUUCGCAUGGAAUUUCAAUGAUAUCUUCGUGAUGGCGGUGAGCGUGGCGCUGUCGGCACGUUUUCGCCAACUCAACGAACAUAUGUUGCGUGCAGUCAAGCGGCCAACCACGCAGAAAUUUUGGAUGGAAAAUCGCAUAAAUUAUCGCAAUUUAUGUAAACUAUGCGAAGCUACAGAUGACACCAUUUCCGUUAUUACGCUAUUAUGUUUCUCGAACAACCUAUUUUUUAUAUGCGGAAAAAUUCUUAAGAGCCUACAGAAAAAGCCAUCCUAUUCACACGUUAUGUACUUCUGGUUCUCGCUGGGCUUCCUCUUGAUGCGCACACUAAUGCUAUCGUUGUACAGCGCCGAAAUUAAUGAUGAAUCGCGACGGCCGCUUGUGGUUUUUCGUGGUAUUUCGAGUGAAUAUUGGUGUCCUGAGCUUAAACGUUUUUCGGAGGAAGUGACCACAGACGUGGUUGCACUAUCGGGCAUGAAAUUUUUUCAUUUGACUCGUGGGCUGGUGCUCUCGAUGGCUGGCACUAUUAUCGUGUAUGAAUUGGUGCUAAUCGAUCAGGUGGAGGAUAAGGAUGUGGUUACAGAUUAUUGUACAUCGCGCAAUGUCUAA